UACAUCCGCUGUACACGCACUUCCGCUUCCCUACUUUCCCGGUUUGGUUUGUUUUCACGACCGCCAUUUUUAAAAACACGAGCGAAGAUGGAGCAGCACGAAGAGCGGUUGAUCGAGGAAGUGAGGAAUGUGUAGUCAUGCAGCAAGUGUUGGGUAACCUGAGGGAGCUGCCAAACUCCUGCAAGGCCAAUGACAUCGACCUCAUCUUCCUCAAAGGCAUCAUGGAAAGCACUAUUUUAUGCUCUCUUGCCAAGGUUCAUGAGCGUUUAGAGGAUAUGAAGCUGGAGGCCGUACAGGACAAUAACGUUGAACUCGUGAGUGAGAUUCUAGGGGUAAUUCGUGGGCUGACCGCGAGAGACGACAAUGCUGCAGAGUUAUCAAGAAUUCUUCAACAGCCUCACUUCCAGUCUCUCCUGGAGGCCCAUGAUAUGGUGGCAUCAAAAUGCUAUGAGGCUCCACCCCCCAUCGAAGCAGCAGUCAACAGUGCACUCAUACAAGCCAAUGCUGUCAGAAUGAUCGGCAUCCACAAGAAAGCGGGAGAACCUUUGGGAGUUACAUUCCGGGUGGCGGAGGACAACCUGGUGAUCACUCGGGUUCUGUACGGUGGGAUGAUUGACAGGCAGGGCCUGCUCCAUGUAGGCGAUAUCAUAAAGGAAGUGAAUGGACAGGAAGUGGGCAAGAACCCCACAGAGCUACAGGAGAUACUGAAGGACUGCAGUGGAGGAAUCACACUGAAAAUCCUGCCGAGCUACGCGGAUUCGGCAACACCACCACAGGUUUAUGUAAAGCCACAUUUUGACUACAAUCCAGCCAGUGACGGUCUGAUUCCGUGCAGAGAGGCUGGGCUCGCCUUCAAGAGGGGUGACAUUCUUCAAAUAGUCAACAGAGAGGACCUGAACUGGUGGCAGGCAUGUCAUAAAGUGGGAGGGGCCACAGGGUUAAUUCCCAGUCAGUUUCUGGAGGAGAAAAGGAAAGCUUUUUUCCCAAAGGACGUGAAUACAACAGGGAUCUUGUGUGGAACAGCGAACGGUAAAAUGAAGAAAACAAUGAUGUACGUCACUUCAAAGAAUGCAGAAUUUGACCAUCACGAGCUGCAGAUCUAUGAGGAGGUAGCAUGCAUGCCACCAUUCCAGAGGAGAACACUGGUUCUGAUCGGAGCUCAGGGAGUGGGCCGCCGCAGCCUGAAAAACCGUCUGUUGAUGCUGCAUCCUGAUCGUUAUGGAACAACAGUACCAUUCACAUCUCGAAGACCUCGAGAAGACGAGCACAUUGGUCAGACUUACCACUUUGUGACUCGGAUGGACAUGGAGAUGGACAUUAAAUUGGGAUGUUUCUUGGAGCACGGCGAGUAUGAUGGCAACCUGUAUGGCACCAAGAUAAGUUCUAUUCAUGAGGUGGUGAACACAGGACGCACCUGCAUCCUGGACAUCAACCCUCAGGCUCUGAAGAUGCUGAGAACAGCAGAGUUUAUGCCCUAUGUGGUAUUCAUAGCGGUUUCUGAGUUCGAGACACUGAAAGCUCUGCACAAAGCUGCCAUUGAUGCAGGAAUCACCACCAAACAGCUCACAGAUGUGGAUCUAAAGAAGAGAGUGGAUGAGAGUGCUCGCAUUAAGCGGACUUACGGACACUACUUUGAUCUCACUAUUGUGAACGACAACCUGGAUGCUGCAUUUGAAACACUACAGGCGGCUUUGGACAAACUUUAUUCUGAACCACAGUGGGUUCCUGUCGGCUGGGUGUACUGAAGGUGUGAGUGUGUGACCUGUGCAGCAGUUAAUAUUGACUAUGUGUAGACUAUGUGUUUUUUUCCCUCUCCCUUUCUACUCAAGGGGAAGACGACUGGUUUUAUACUUGCACAUUUGGGGGGGGGGAUCAGUUUUCUUCUGCAUUUGGAAUUUUUAAAAAAUGACCGCGAAGAUUUCCAUAUUGUUACAUUUUGUUUGCUUCCCUACUUAUGGUUCCCCAAAACCAGCUGUAUUUCUACAAUGCAGUGUUUAAUAGUUAACCCUUUGAUGCAAAACAUGGGUCAAAAGUGACCCGGCUGAGUUUUUAUCUUGUAUAUCUUUGCAAUAAAUUAAUUCCAUCAUUCAGUAUUCAAGGUAUUCCUCAAUUAACUUGUUUUUGAUAAUCAUACAGUUAUGUGCAAAAUAAUAGCAGUCUAACAUCACUAAUGUGUUUAAUUACUGAUUUUGGCAGAAAAGAUAAUACAACAUGGGAAAAAAUAGGCGUAGCCGAGUAAUGGGCAGCCAACAGAAUCAAAAGUCAUGACAUGCACUCUGCUAAUUGGGUAUAAUUGAGUCAUUUAAUGAAAGGGGCGUGUUUGAAUUAAUAGCAGCGUGUUCAAAUUAAUAGCAGUGUAGAGUUCAAUUAGUGAGGUCAUUCAUUCUGUGAAGAAACAGGUGUCAAUUAUGGCCCUUAUUUAAAGAAGGAAGGCAGCAAAUGUUGUACCUGCUGGUUUUAGCCCUUGCUCAUUGAGUAAAGUGGGCCGUUCCAGACAGUGUACCAACGGAGAAAGAACUUUGAUCAAGAAGUUGAUUGGAGAGGGGAAAACAUCUAAAGAAGUGCAGAAAAUAAUUGGCUGCUCAGCUAAAAUGAUCUCAAAUGUUUUAAAAUGGCAAACAAAACCCGAAACACAUGGCAGUAAAAGAAAUACUACCAUCCGCGUAGAUCAUAGAAUAACAAGAAUGGCAAAGAAGCAUCCAAUGAUCAGCUCCAGGGAAAUGAAAGAAGAUCUUCAGUUACCUGUGAGUACUGCAACACUCAGAAGACGCCUAUGUGAAGCCAAACUAUUUGCAAGAAACCCUCGUAAAGUACCAUUGCUGAAAAAAGACGUGUUGAAAAGGUUACAGUUUGCCAAGGAACAGAGUGACUGGCCUAAAGAAAAGUGGCGCAACAUUUCUAUGGACAGAAGAGAGCAAGAUUGUUCUGACUGGGUCUAAAGGCCACAGACAGUUUGUGAGACGACCCAUAAACACUGAAUUCAAGCUACAGUACACUGUGAAGACUGUAAAACAUGGAGGUGCCAGUUUGGGGAUGUUUCUCAUACUUUGGAGUCGGGCCCAUUUAUCGUGUACCAGACACCAUGGACCAGUUUGAAUAUAUCAGAAUACUGGAAGAGGUCAUGUUGCCUUAUGCUGAAGAAAUGCCCUUGAAAUGGAUGUUUGAGCAGGACAACGACCCCGAACACACCAGCAAGCGGGCAACAUCCUGGUUCCAGACCAACAAGAUUGCUGUUGUGAAGUGGCCAGCCCGAUCUCCAGACCUCAAUCCGAUUGAGAAUUUUUGGAGUGACAUUAAAAAUGCUGUUUUUGAUGCAAAACCCAAGAAAGCAGAAGAACUGUGGAAUGUAGUCCCGUCAGCUUGGGCUGGAAUCUCUCUUCGCAGGUGUCAGAUGUUAGUUGACUCCAUGCCACACAGAUGUAAAGCAGAUAUCAGAAAUAAAGGUUAUACAACUAAAUAUUAGUUCAGUGAUUAACAGAAAAGCUAAAUCUGUAAACAAAUGUCAGUUUAUACUGUAAAUAUUCGAGUUUGUGAAUGAAAAUGCAGACACUGCUAUUUUUUUGAAGAGCCUAUUAUUCUUUUUUCUUCAUUUUCAGUUUAAAAUUAAUAUUUUGUUCAUGUUUUCAUUUGGAAUUGAAUGUGCGGUGCUCCCAGUGCCUUUGUGUAUAUGGAAAUAAAUGCUAUUAUGAGGAUUGAGCUUUUUCUCAGUUGUUUUAAACACACUGCUAUUAUUUUGCACAUAAGUGUACAUCCUUAUUUUAUUUUUUCCUUUCUUACUUUUUGAAUAAAAACCCCAUACAUGUCAACCUAUACGGAAUGUCCGUAUUUUAUACGGAUUUGAUUCAAUAAACGUAGUAUAUGGGCGUACAAAUAAAGUUAUACGGAUUCUUUAAAAAAACUUCAAUAUUUAUUUAGAGCUAUAAUCAAUUCCCACGAUGAUAAAAGAGCGCAUAACAUUUACAAACGUACUGUACACCACAGAAAGCACAGACAGCCAGUAAAGAGUCUUAUGAAAUCGCGCGUUAUCUUGUGGUAGCGAGACUUCGUUCCACUUCUGAUCAUGCGCACACCACAUUGUGAGAAUCCCGCCAACCGGGAAGUAACAUUUUGUUUGAAACGCGUAUUUCCACCUGAGCGACUUUCACUAGCGACUGAAAAGAUUCUGAACGGGCACUCCGGCAAGAUCAACACAGACACUUGCUGUGACAUGCAGCCUCGUGAGGUAUUGGUGCAGACUGCUAAAAAAGCUGUCAUGGAGUACAAUUCAGAACAUUAGAGUGACACUUUGUGCUUUUGUCGAACAUUG